AUGACGGCGUCAACGACUACAGUGACGCCCAUUCGCCGUUCCACACGCACCACGAAACCCCCAGAAACGUUCAUGGCAUCAUUAUUUUCAUCACCCAAUGCAACAGGCGCGAACUCUGUGGACGAGAACUCGGUUGCACUUGGCCCCGCUCAAACGAGGAAGCGCAAACCCAAUGCCACCACAUCAGAACGUGAUGACAACGACGUCGAGAUGGCUCCUCCUCCUCCCCCUAUCAAACUAUGUCACGAUCCGCUGUGGUCUCCAGAGGAGCACACUCAGUUUAUUGAGGGUUUACGUCUCUAUGCUGAUGAGAGGGAUGCCACCAAGAAGUGGGCGAAGAUUGCUUUUCACAUCGAGACGAAAAGUUCACAGCAGGUACGUGAUCACGCUGCCAAGCCAUUCAAUAGCGGGCGGUGGUCCCCCGAAGAGCAAUCCAGGUUCCGUAGCGCAGUUGGGCUCUAUGGCACCGCCGACAAAUCGGACCGGUGGAAGGCAAAGGUAAUGGCCAUCAUUGUUCAGACACGAAAUCCCACGCAAUGCAUGCAAAGAUACCGAAAACAAUUGCACAAAGAGGAAACGUGA